AUGGCGUCCAAACACGCAGCAAAAACAAUCGACCCGAAAGACUUGUCACCAGCGUGGAAAGUACUUCAAUUACAGUUAAAAGAAGAGAAACAGGAAAAGGAGAGAGCUGAAGAAGCUGCCAAAGCUGAGAAAGUAGCUAAUGGAGAGGUAGAAGAAGACAACGAGGGAUUCACAAAAGUUCAAUCAAAAAGACAAAAACAGAAACUGAAUCGGAAGCGUAGAGCUCAAGAAGCUUUAGCAGCAGCAUUGGAAGUGAAGAAAGUACAUCAUGAUAUUCCAGUUGUUAUUGAAGAUUCUGAGAGAGGAGAGCCUACAAAAAUAAUAGCGAUUGAUUGCGAGUAUGUUGGCGCAGGAAUGGGUGGAACGACUGAUAUUUUGGCGAGAAUUUCAGUAGUUAAUGAAUUGGGCAAGAUUCUUUACGACAAAUUCGUAAAGCCGACAGAGAAAGUGACCGAUUUCCGAACGGCUGUAUCUGGAAUUCGUCCGGAAAACAUGACGAAAGCAAUUCCAUUUGAUAGAGCUCAAACUGAAAUUUCAAAACUUCUCGAAGGAAGAAUUGUUGUUGGACAUGCUGUCCAUAAUGACUUCAGGGUGCUCAAGUUAAACCACAUUCGGAAGCUGACACGUGACACUGCAAAAUGCUCAAUUCUAAAGAACAUGGCGAAAUGCCAAGGCACACCAUCACUGAAGAAAUUGGCAAAGGAAGUUCUAGGAAUUGAGAUUCAGAAAGGAGAACACGAUUCGAUUACUGAUGCUCGAGUAGCUCUUCGCCUCUACGAAUCUGUCAAAAAGCAAUGGGAGGCUGAAAUCAAGAGAUAUCGAUAA